AUGGUUUCAUUCUUAGUUCAAGUUGCAGUUUUGAAUAUAUAUAUAGUCGGCAGCACUUCAAGCACAGUGGCAGAACUUUGGGCUUUGAAGGAUGGGCUCAUCGUGGCAAAGCAAAUGGGGAUUGAGAACAUUUGUAUUGAAAUGGAUGCUGAGUUUAUUGUUCAGUUUGUUUCAACGCCUUCUAUGGUCAAUCUAAUGCUUGAACCUCUCCUUUCUGAAUGUAGGGACCUGAUUCAGACAUUCCUUAACUAUUCAGUGGCGCACGUGUUCAGGGAAGCAAAUGGCUGCGCUGACCGACUUGCAAGGAUGGGAGUUGAACUUGAUGUAACUAAUUUUCUUUUUUUGUUUGACCCACUGGAUGUGGUGGCUGAAAUGCUGGCUAGAGAUAAAGCUGGCCUUGUUUGUUGUAAUAGACUUUUUGUUUGUUAG